CAAUCGGCAGCAUAGUUCUUAAUAUUUUGUGAAUCGCAAAAAUCUUAUGAAAAUUCAUAUUUUCCUAUGCUCUUGUUGUUAUUUUAAAUCACCGAAUUAAAAGAAUGUCUAUUUAAUUUUCAAGUAAUACUUGUAAAGCUACCUUCAACAUUGUUUACUUUAUUAAACCCCAUAUCUUGCAAAAUUUCUUGAAGUUACUAAAGUAGUAAAAUGGGACCUGCAAAUAUGUGCAGUGACAAAGAACCAGCCGAAGAAAUUUCAUCAGUGUUUAAACUGCAAUGGUUGAACACCACACUGAAAUUCAUAAAAAAUGACAAGGAGUUAAUUUUAAAUUAUCCGGAACUAUCCGUGGACAGAAUAAAGUUCCUUCAAGAUAUGAUAAGCGGUAGAAAUGCUGAUAUAGCUCUGGGCUACAAGCAAUUAUACAUACCUCUGUGGGAGGCGCUCAAGAUAAUUGGCGUGAAAUAUGAAUUCAAAAUGCGAGUAAAGCACACUGGAAAUAAUACUGGAUAUUUAACCCUGGAAAAAGUACCAAAGGCGUCUUUGCCUAGAAUAGAAAUCCCCAGCAGCAUCUGCGACUCCGACUCGUCAGAUAACGACAUCGAACCGACGAGAAGGGAACAGAUAAGCAAGCAAUACUUGGCCAAGAUGCACACAACAGUUGACUCCAUAUCCCCAUCCUUCAUCAAGGCGUCCCUGCAGAAGUUACACGACUUCGUGACCGACGUGGAGAAAGCGAGUAUGGUUUUCGACAACCUGGCGAGGAUCGAAGCGACCUUCCUGCAGAACCUGCUCGGUGUUCUGAAGAGGAGGGAGGCCCUGGAGGAACUCUUUUCGCCGAUGUGCAACGCCUUGCUGAAGAAGAUCGGUGCAGCUGUCGAGACAUCUGACAGCUUCAGACUGGAGAUGUCCACGGUCAGUCUGGAUGAGGGCACUUCUAGAAGGCAUUUGACAUUCAAAAAAACACCGUAUUUCGCCAAAAAGAAAAAUAAAAAGUCAAUAUCAGGAAGGAAAAAGGAAAGCACGAGACCGAGUACGGCGGCACAGAUUAAAAAAUCCCUCGCGGCGCAGAAGUGUAAGGUUAAUGAUUUAUCAGCGAAGAUGGAAACAUUAUCUGUUAAAGGGAAACUAGAGAAUUUACGUGACGAGUUAAAAAAGGACAUACCACAAGCCAUAGACAAACCACCGACCAUAGACAAGAACAAAGGGGCCAAAGACAAUGUUAAAAACGCGAAUGCCAUAGAUAAAAAAGUAUUAAAUAAAUCUAACAGUGUGUUACCACAAUCUUUAAACAACGCAGUUACAGCAAUUAAUCUUACAUCUAGUAUAAAUGGUUGCGAAAAGAAAAACGAAACGGAAGUACCGACCAUAGACAAAACUACGAAGGCGAUAGAGGAGAAAACAUUUGAAACCCUCAUAAAAGAAAAUAAACACAUACAAAUGAGAAGCGAUAAUGUUGUUAUGGAUAAGGAGUUAUUGCAAAAAGCGGUGGUGCCUGCGAAUGGAGACAUAAAAGCACGGAGCACAGAUAAACCAAUUGAAUGUCAAAUUUCAAAAAGUAUUGGGGAAGGGAAAAUAAAUAAACAGAUAGACAACACUGGUUCAAGUAAAUCAACCACAAAGAACGCGGCCAAAGACAAGCCCAAAGCGUCGCCCAUAGAUAAGAUGGAUGUGAAAAGUAUCCCCAAAGGGGCGGUAAAAUUGAUGGAAGGCUUGACGAAACCCGUAGAAAGCGAUAUAGCAAUAAGGAUGAUGAAGUCCAUGGGGUGGGAGGGGGGUGCUCUAGGCGCGAGGGAGGGAGGGAUCAUUGAACCAAUAAUGCCAGCUGUACAUUUGGUGAAGAACGCCGGCCUCGGGCACGUGCAGCCGGCGCGCGGCGCGGGCGGGGCGGGCGGCGCGGGCGGGGCGGGCGUGCGGCGCGACGUGCUGCAGGCGAUACUGCACGCGCUGCGCUGCGACAGCGCCGUCUCGUUCGCGCACCUGCCCGCGCCGCUCGGCAAGAGGGAGAGGCAGCGCCUGCACGCGCUCAACCGCGCGCUCAACGCCCGCCCCGACGCCGGCGCGGGGGCGGGGGCGGCGGGGGCGGCGGGGGCGGGGGGCGGCGACGAGGCGGCGCUGCUGGAGUGCAUCGUGACCGCGCUGCGGGAGAGCCCCAGGCUGAAGUUCUUUGUUGAAAUUAAGAAGCGGCUCUUGCGGAUUGAAAAGCUCGAAGAACCGAUGCACGAUUUGCCGCCCGAGCUCCGCGAAAGCAACCCAGACGAGAGAGACAAAAAAGAUUCGAAGAAAAAGAAAGGAAGAGAUUCGAAAAUAACGGAAACGGUGCCACCUAAAGAAGUUAAAAGGAAACUAUUCGAUUACAUAUACGCGAUCGAUGCAAACAAUAACGGACACGAUUUUUUGGACAAGGACUAUAUAGUUUCGUUGCUAAAUGACAACGAAAGGUCCGAAUUAAACACGAAAAUGAUAAACCUACUGAAAGACAGGCUGUUCAUCAUGAAAAUGUGUUUCCACUUUUUGCGGAGCGACAAAACGGAUGUGACGAUAUCGGUGAACAUAAACGUGGUGAGCGUUAAGUUUGUGAAGCAUUUGACGGUUUUCGUGAAUAAGAGGAGGCCCAGCUUGAAAACGAGUCUGGAGAAUAUGGUGUGGUCUGAGCUGGUGCAUUAUAUUGGAGAGUGCUAUUUAAUAUAUUGGUGUGAUGGGCCCAAGUCAUUUGGCUUUAGCAAAGUCUAUCGUCCCGAACGUAGUAUAAGCAAUGCAUCUGGCAGCAUCAGUGUGCCGAAGGAAGUCAAUCAGGCUGAAAUCACACCUAGCAACACUGAUGGACAAGAUAAUGACAAAAUGUGCCUAAACUUUUCGAACAAACAAAACGCUGGUGACCUAUUCGUAUUUGGGAAUAAUUCAAGUGAUGUUAUAGAUGGCAACACUCGAAAAAUAGAUGAAGCGACACUCGCAAAAGAAACCUCAAUUGCGGAAGGAGAAAAUCGCACAAACUUAGACAUUAAUAAAAAAGAAGACACCGGCAACCCAUAUAAAACGAUGAACGACGAGAUAAAAAAAAUCAUCGAGAACAUACACGAUUGCAAAAAAAUAACAUCCUGCCACAUAAAUGACGUAAUCAAUAUAAGAAUCACCGGCGAAACGAACGCGGCCAUGUCGGAGGAGACGGCGAAGGGGAUUCAAAUUCGAAUUUGGAACGCCGUGCGCGAUCCAAAUUCGAAUUUCCUCCCCGCGCUCAAAUGCCACGGCAUCAACAACGACAGUCUGCUGUACAGCUGCUUCAGCUACGAGACGUGCGCGUGGCUGACGAGGCUGUUGCCAGACUAUCGGGUGUUGCCAUACAACAAGUGCGAUUCGUACGUGAUGACGAUGCGACUGCGUGCGUACGACGACAGUAUGGACGUGGUCGCGUGUCUGAAAGUGUAUUAUGCGAAAAUCGAUGUCGCGAAAUGGCGGGUAGUCGAAACAGUGUUUAGAGAUGGCGAGUUGAGUGUGAUCGUGCUGAUGGACUGGGAUUCGUUUAAAUUUAUAAGCGACAGCGGUUUUAGGCUGUACGCUGGGGUGGAUGAAGUUAGCUUCGAGAUUCUUCUGGUAUAAGUCUACUUACCUACCUAUGGGCAGGUAAAGGUAAAAGGUAAAAGGACCUCUACAAAUGCGUUGCUGUAAGAGUAAGAGAUAGGGAAAGGGUUGACGACGGGAGAAAGGAAACGGACUAGGAAGGGUGAGGAAAAGGAUACGCGCCUCAAUUGUAUCAUAUUUCAUUUUAACUAUAGGUGUCUCACUGUGAUUCUUCUGACUUUUAACGGAAUUAAAACACGAUUUUUCUGCGUACUCUUAUAGUGAAUACAUUUUUUUACUGUCUUUAUUCAGUGUGUAUUUUUUAACGGUUGAAAUCCGUUAAAUUCUUGUAAGGCUAAGAAUAUUAUAAAUUAAGUGUAUUUUCGAUCUCUUUUUAGUAUAUAACUUGAAUGUUUUAACUUAAUAUUAGUUAAUAAUCGGCUCUGAUAUGUAUUACGUAUAAGUAAUUAUUUCAUGUAUUUUGUAAAUAACUUACUUCAUAAGUUACUACUGGUAGCAUCUAAGUAAAUUAAAAAGUUAAGUUAGUUAUAGAGAUUAAGAUAUACAUAUGUUAUAUAUAAUAUAAUUAAGUUUUUAUUUUAUGAUACUUGAUUUCGAUUGAUAUAUUUGUUCUUACUAAUGCUAAAAACUAGCUAUUCGCCUCGGUUUCGCCUGUGGUACAUAUAGACACAUGUCAUGAAAAUAUAUUCGAAAUCGGUUCAGCAGUUUUUGCGUGAAAACAAUACAAACACAUAUACAAGAAUGCAAAUGUUUCAUUUUUAUUAUAGCUGAGUCGGCGAAUUUCGAACGCCAAUAUUAUCAAAAUCAACUCAGCCAUUCUUGGGUUGCUAGACUAACGUAUAAUAUCUGUAAGGUAGCAAAAACUAGUAAACCGAUUUUAAUAAUUCUCUAUCGUUUAUAUGUAAAGAUAGAUUAUUAUUAACUUGGUAUAUCUUCAUAAGACCUGAAUAAAGGUCAUUGAAUCUAAUAUACUUAUACAAAUGUAUGUAUUUAUGAUUUUUAACCGAUUUUAUAAAGUGGUAUGGGUCUCAAUUCGUUUUUUUUUCGUUUGUUACCAUAUAACAUUUACUGGGUGAACCGAUACUGAUGAUUCUUUUCUUUAUUUGAAGCUAAUGCCUCCCAUGUGGUCCCCUUUAGCUUUGGUCUAGCUCUGACAAUUU